CUUCUACCCCCUACCCAAAUCCGGUCUCAAACCCCCCGGCGCACUAAAUACUCCUCACCUGGUAGCGUCGUCGACUCGCACCAUGUCCCAGCAGGAUCUGGACCGUUCAUAUGCCAGAGCGUCGAAUAACGAAUCGCCCGAACAAUAUUCAGUCCACUCACGCUCCCGGUCAACCGCAAAUGCUCCUAGCCCUAAGCGAUUGUCGGUUUUCAGUGGCCGUUCGCGCAGCAACACCACCAACUCCACUACAUCCUCGCGCCGUUCACCUGCCUCAUCCAUGACCUCUACAGAUGCAGCAUCGCUGCCCUUACAUGAGGACCGGGCAGGUUCUGUAUCCGGAGUCCGCCACGAACGCCCUGAGAGUGUGACCAAGUCGCUUCUCUCGCGGGGAAGCCGCAUUCUUCGGCGUCAAGGAAGUAAAUUCCAUAUUGUCUCCACGCUGGACGAGGAGGACGAAGUGGAACGUGAAAAGCCUCGCUUUGAGGUCUCGGAUAUUUUCGGCCGUCAUAACAAGCCCCGUCCGAGUGAUGCCCAUGACCAGCUGAAGAGUCUCAUUUCGGACCCCUUUGACUUUCACCAUCUGACUCACACGAGCCCAUCUCAAUUCCAGUCGCUGGAGAAGGCCCGGGAAACCGAUCUGGUUACCGAGUUCUCUGCCAUCCGUGCCUCCCAGAGGCCCGUCGCUAAUCUGAAAGGCAUCCGUGCUCAGGAUCUGCAUUUUCGGGGAUUUUCCGCUGAGGAUCUCACUCAGUGUAAAACGACUAAUGACAAUGAUGGCCACAUGGGUCCCUCGGCAAGCCCGCCAGCGUCGCCGGGUGGUUCCUCGUCAGUGAGCCCAAAGCAGCGCGACGUCAAAGCAUCAAGAGAACCGCGCGUCUUCGAAAACUUCUCACGACCUGUCCCAAGAAUCCCCAAAACGGGAACAACCACCCCGCCACCGAGAGCCUCGUCCCCGAGAUUGGCGUGCUCACCAGAGCUGCCCGAGCCAGCUCCUCGAGCCAUUGACGAAAUCCUGGGUCUGUCUACCCAGCCGACGUACCCAGAGCAUGUGUAUUCCCAUGUGGACGAUAUCGAUCCUAGCACUUCCUGGUCCCAAAUGCAUAUGGAGGAUAUGUUCCCGGCUUCCUCGGGCUAUGCACUUACCACUGGCGGCAGCAACGACAUAGAUACCGCUCGCACUUCUUCGAUGUCUUUGCCAACUCUAUCGUCGGACUUGGAAGACGUCCCGGAAGAAGAGGAGACUACCCCUUGGCACGAUGACUCCGAGCUCCAUACUAGCGAGAUCUCCCCCCGCGCACUUGUACGGGUGAGCCGAUCAGAUUCAGUCGAGGUACAGUCCGCUUCCAUGGCUGGACCCAAGUCUGACUUGUCCAUCUACGUGGCCGAGGACUUGUCGAGGAAGUUUGCUGAGGCACUCGGUUCCCCCACCCUCCCUCAACAUCGUUUAUUGGCGGCGGCAAUAACAUCACCUCCAGGGCCUCCGACUCGAGAACCAGCACAGACACAGUUCUCCGUCAACAAGACAGCCAUCCAUGAGUCCACCUAUGAGUCUUGGGAUGCAGACAUAGAUUAUUGCUAUGAGCAUGCCGCCGAGUCAAACUCCAACUUUGACUGGACUCGGACUUCGUUCGAUGAGCCUCGGCAAGAAGAUGCCGGCGUUACUGUCACUGUCCCGGAUGAGAGCCAUGGCUUUUUUGAAUCAGCGCAUCUGACUGCCUCAGAACUGUCCAUUGACUUGGACCCGAAUUCCUCACAGUUGGCACCUAGCUCGCAUGUGGUAUCUCGGUACACCUUGGACGAUGAUGUUAGACUCGCCGUUACGCAGAGGGACAGCGAUUACUUUCGGCCUGUUAGGUUCGCACCAACGUUGGGUAAACACAUCAAUACGGAUUCACUCUACGAGGACUAUCUGACGGCGGACGCCGAGUCAGAUCGACACUUCUCUUUCUAUUCGCAGACGGGUGUGAUACAGCCCAUGGAGCAAUCGGUGUCCCCGCGAAGUAGCUUUUCCCCUAUCAGCAAAUGUAACUCGCAGGAAAGCUUAAUCCUAUCCCGUGCUGCGUCCAUCGUGCGCAAACACCGAUCGUCCGUCUCGACUGCCAGUGUACCUGAACUCGUACACAGUCUAGCAAGCAGUCGAGAGUUGCAUCCAUCCGAGCAGAGACUAUCAGGCGAACAUUCCGGGAUGACACGCCCUGACUCCUCUCACCAUCGGCAAACCAAGAGUUUAGCACGCGAACUUGAAGCCCAGAUUCUAUAUCGGGCCGACGAUUCAAGCCACGAGCUUGCAGGACAAGCAUCAACCGUAGGCCCCUCCAUCUACGAUCGGGCCAGGUCCACUACGGAAGUGGAAGCGGCCCCGUUGAUCGCCAGGGCCAUCAAGAAUGAUACUGCGUUUAGGGCCGCACCUCGCCGGAAAGGCAGGGCGUCUUACUCCCUCUUCCCUACCCCAGCAGCCAAUUGAGUCGCGAUCAACCCGAAGACGACUGUCAUCUCUGAAAGGAAAUCAUACAGACCCUUUGUCGAUUGUCCUUAUGAUCCAUUCCUUUCAUUCUUCAUUCGCCCACCUAUAGAACUUCUCCGAUGACUUGAUGAUUUGUUUCCUAUUUUUGCGUGGUCUUGUUCAUUUUCUUGGUCCUAAUUUUUGCUGUGAUAAAUCCUUGAACAAUCCUUCGGCCGAUUUCGUGCAGGCUAUGGGCUCAUGUUUUCUUUGUCACCUGCUGUACACUUGAGUUUCUUAACUGGCAUUGUCUCGUGCAUUUCUCAGCGGCUGUAAUUUCCUAGGGAAGAAAAAAGGUUGGGUGUUUUACUAGCAUAGAGGGUUGGGAAAAGGCAGUGAAACGGGGGUUCAGUCGGACAAGAUUUGCUCGGCUUCUGUUUGCUCGUUCUCUUCCUUUUUCUCCCCUCCCCCCCCCC